UGAGAAUCCAACCCACGGACAUGAUCGAGGUCCUUCACCACAUCAACAACAACAGGGGAGUGCAUUGAUCAUUCACACGUCUGGAGAACUGAAGCUGUCGUGGAUUAAUCAUGUGGUUGACAAUGGACUCAUCCUGACCGGUCAAGCUGAUCUCCACGACAUGUGAAGAACUUCUUAGCAUCCACCAAAUUUGAAGGCUACCAAGUCACUAUUAAUUGUCUAUUUACAACACAAGAUGAUCAAUCUCGGACUCUCACGAAUAACAUCCCUUCUCCAACCCCUAUUUUUCAGCCACCCUUCAUUACCAUGGCGAACCAUCCACAUUGCCGGCACCAACGGCAAAGGCUCAACCGCAACAUACAUCUCGACGCUGUUAUCCCACCAGGGCUACAAAGUCGGCCGCUUCACAUCCCCCCACCUCGUCCACCGCUGGGAUUGUAUUUCACUCAACCAACGCAUCGUUGAUAAAGAUGUCUUUCUCGCCAUUGAAAGUGAAGUCCAGAAACGCAGUCGCGAACAAGGCAUCAAUGCGACUGAAUUCGAAGUCCUGACUGCCGUGGCAUUUGAGCUUUUCACUCGACAUGGAAUGGAAUUUGGGGUUGUCGAGUGUGGGUUAGGUGGACGAUUGGAUGCGACCAAUGUGUUGCGCGAGCAGGAUGUGGAAGUUGCGGUGUUGACGAAGGUGGGGCUUGAUCAUCAGGAUUUUCUAGGUGAUACGGUCAAGAAAAUUGCGGAGGAGAAGGCGGGGAUUUUUAAGACGGGGGUGGCUGUUGUGGUUGAUCAGAGUAAUGAGCCGUGUGUCUUGGAUGUGGUGAGAGAGAAGGUUAAGGAUGUUAAUGCAGGCGAUGACGAUUCCAGUCGAUUUCUGGUUCAGCUGCCAUCUGAACUAGAGAUCGAUGCUCUCAAUGAGCCAGGAGUCAAGGCCAUGAAUCUCGCGGACCAUCAGAAACAGAACUUGACGACUGCCUUGGGAGCAUUCUACUACCUGAUGGAACAUCGACAAUCUUCAGCCGUCGCUGAACAACAUAUGCAGUCCACGAUUCGGGACCUCCCAGACCUGAUCCAGCAAUCCCACGCUUCGAUACGAGGCCGUCUCGAAACCCUAACCUUACCUCCCCAUCUACUACCGUCAUCAAUCCCCAACGAGCAGAAGAAGACAAAUACACCUUUCCAAGUCCUAGUGGACGGCGCACACAAUCCACAGGCUGCAGUCGCACUCGCCAAACACAUUCGAGACCAUAUUCGCGGACCAUCUAACCUGCCGAUCAUUUGGGUCAUGUCUCUGAAACGCGACAAGGACAUCUCUACCUUUAUCAAAACGGUAGUCGCACCUGGUGAUCACGUCGUCACCUGUGCCUUUGCACCGGUCGAGAGCAUGCCGUGGGUGUCGAGCAUGGAUCCAUAUGAGUUGGCCAAGGAAGUGACCCGAAUCAUGGGUGGUCAGGAGCAUCAUGUCGAGGUUGGACUUGACCCAAAAAGGGGUCAUCCAACAGUGGCCGCUGCCAUUCGUCGUGCCCUUUCUAUUUCAAUGUCUGCCUCGCCAGACACUGGCAGCAGUCUUGAUGAUGGAGGAAUUAGACCUGAUCGGAUCCCCAUCUGUAUCGCUGGAAGCUUAUAUCUGGUGGGCGACGUCAUGCGGGCGCUUGAUGACACUGAAGACUAGACGGGUCUCCUGGACACGAUCAUUACUGUAGUCUAGCAUGUGGCGUUCAUGUAUCAGAUGACAAAGAAUAGCGUUACUUGGGCACACAGUACAUUAUAGUGAGUCUGUUGCGG